AUGUUUAACUCGGUGAAUCUGGGCAACUUCUGCUCUCAGACGCGCAAAGACCGGACAUCCGAGUUUGGGGACAGGACGGGCUGCGCGUCCAACAUCUACCUCCCCAGCUGCACCUACUACGUCCCCGAGUUUUCUGCCGUCUCUUCGUUUCUUCCACAGGCCCCGUCCCGGCAAAUCAGCUACCCUUAUUCCACAAACCUUUCUCAAGUGCAGCCGGUACGGGAAGUUUCAUACGGCUUGGACCCCGCGAGUAAAUGGCACCACAGAGGCAAUUAUGCAUCGUGCUACUCGGGAGAGGAUCUGGUGCAUAGGGACUGUCUUCCACCAUCCACCAUGACAGAAAUGCUUAUGAAGAACGAGAGCGUGUACAGCCACCACCAUCACCAUCACACCCACCCGGGCUCCAAUCACCCCUCCACAGGUUUUUACUCCGGCGUGGGGAAAAACAACGUCCUCCCGCAAGGCUUCGACCGCUUUUUUGAGACGGCGUACUGCAGCAGCACGGACAAUCAGUCAGACAAUUGUUUACAAAAGGGCGAGGGGGGGAAGCUGGAAAGCGACUCCCAGCAGCAGCAGCAGCAGCAGCAGCAGCCCACAGCCUCCGUCCCCGGAGCCCCGGAGCAGGAAAAAGACCCAGAAGAUGAGGAGGAACAUACAAAUUCGGGCUCUUGCACGUCUUCCUCCGCAACAACCAAGGACGGCACCGCCAGCAAGAGCAGCCACUCGAGCGCUCCACGAACAAGAAAGAAGAGGUGUCCAUAUUCCAAGUUUCAGAUUCGUGAGCUGGAGCGGGAAUUCUUCUUUAACGUUUACAUCAACAAGGAGAAAAGGCUUCAGCUCUCCCGAAUGUUAAACCUCACCGACCGGCAGGUUAAAAUCUGGUUUCAGAAUAGAAGAAUGAAAGAGAAGAAGCUGAGCAGGGAUCGCCUCCAGUACUUCUCUGGAAACCCCCUCUUGUGA